AUGUCUGACUCAGAGCAGGAGCAAGGAGAGUUGUCAGCGUCCCCAGACAACAGUCCUAACAGGCGUGUGGUGAUACAGGAUGAGGAGUCUGCCAUUUCCCAGCAUUCCUCAGCCUCUGCUGGCAGCGACAGGGAAGAUACAAGGAAGGAGGGAAGUGUAGAGAAGGAGGAGAGACAUGAGGAACAGGAAUCUCUUGACAUUAAACCUCCACAGUCUCAGGCAGGCAAGAAAGAAAAACACAAACAUAAACGUAAACACAGAGAAGACAGAGACAGGGGCAAGGACUACAGAAAGAGAGGCAGAGAGGGAGAGAAAGAGCGCGGAGAGAGAGGCAGGGAGGGAGAGAAGGAACGAGUUGAGAGAGGAAGGGAGCAGAGACAGGAGAAAGGCCUGGACCAGAGAGAGAGGGAACGCAUGAGGAUCAAAGAGGAAAAUAUCAGGAGGGAGGAGUCUAAGCGGGAAAGGGAGAGGUUAGAAAACAUGGAGCGAGAAAAGCGACGUGAACGUGACAUGAAGGAGAGGAUGGCCAGGGAGAGAGAGCGAGAUCUAGAACGCAGGCACAGAAAGGGGGAGCCACGGUCAAGAAAAGCAGGCGAAGAUUCAAGUGAGCGCAGACGAGAAGAGAGGAGGUCAGACAAAUCACGCCCUGACCGCAGUCGCAGCAGACACACAGACAGACAGGACAGAGAGGACAGUCGCACGCGGGGUAGUAACCAGCGCGGGAACACGAGGGAAGAGGAAAAACGACCGUCCCCAAUCCUGCCCCCAGAGGUCACCCCUGAGCACGCUGAGGAGGCAAUGGAAACACAAGAAGUGACAAACGACAGGCAGUCCCCAGAAUCCAGCGAGGAGUCUGAAAAAGAGGCCACAGAGCAAAGUGAAAGCGAGGCAGAGGAGCAACAAGUCGCAGAGGAGAGCGGGAGCGGUGAGUCGGAGUCCGAGUCUGGUAGUAGCAGCAGUGGAGAAUCUGAAGACAGUGACUCAGCAGAGGAGGAGGAGGAGGAACAGAAACCUAAGCCAGAAAAAGUACGCUCUAAAUUCGAUGAUCAGUCCUCUCCUGAGGAGAGUGAGACCGAGUCAGUCCCUGAGCCAUCAGAGGCGGCUUAUGCUGAGGGGGUCCUUGACGACACCCCUCCCCAGUCCCCCGUGGAACUCAAAAAGGAACUCCCGUCCUAUUAUCCCGCAAUCCAAGGCUGUCGAAGUGUGGAGGAAUUCCACUGUCUAAACAGGAUAGAGGAGGGCACGUAUGGGGUGGUGUACAGGGCCAGGGAUAAGAAAAAGGAUGAAAUUGUAGCACUGAAGAGGUUAAAGAUGGAGAAAGAAAAGGAAGGAUUCCCCAUUACCUCGAUAAGAGAGAUUAACACCAUUUUGAAGGCGCAACACAUGAACAUAGUCACAGUUAGG